AUGAUAAGUCUGAUGAACCGAAGCCAGGACUCCGCUGCUGCCCUUCCUGCGGUCACCAGCUGGGUGAAGCCAGGGGUGUGGGCUGGCACCGGGAACCUCCCCUCCCGCCAGCGCCAGGAAGUUCUUGCCUUCCUUAACCUUCUAGAGGACAGCUACCUGCAGCAAUUCUUUGCCACUGACCGGUGCUUUCAGAUCUCUGAUAAGUAUCUCUUGGCGAUGGUCCUUAUUUAUUUCCAAAGAGCUGGCCUACAGCUCAGUGAAUAUACCCAUAGCAACCUCUUCUUAGCCCUGUAUCUAGCUAAUGACAUGGAGGAAGACAGAGAGGACCCCAAGUAUGAGAUUUUGCCCUGGGCCCUGGGCAGGGGCUGGCGGAAGCUUGUGCCCAGCUUCCUGCGUCAGAGGGAUCAGCUGUGGGCACGGAUGGGCUACCGGGCAGCUGUGAGCCGGCACUGUUGUGAAGAGGCCAUGGCAAAGGAACCAUCCCAUUGGGCCUGGACCAGGGAACGGCCUGCCCACCAUGGGGGGGCUCGUCGAGGCUCUCCCCAGGGGGACCAGAACCAUCCUGCCGUUAUGCCAGGGAUCUCCAGUCUCUCUCCACUGGGCUGCUCCGUCUGUGGCUGCUGGGUCCAGUGGGGCUGUUCCCCGUUUCCUCCCAAACAGCUUUCCCCCAAACAGAACCCCUUUAAACAGCAGCAGUCCCCCAAACAGCCUCCUCCAGUUCAGUCCCUUCCCACUCUUUCCUUGGCCCCUUGGCCCAGGAAAUUCUUCCUUGUUCUCCCUCCAAUGCUGCACCUAGAACCUGGAAGCUACACUUUGCAGAUCAUGCCAGAGCUGGCUGCCGCUGCCUUUCCUGCUUCCUGGCAGUCAGUAGGAUAACACUCAGCCAGGACCAGCCUGAUGGCCCCUCUCCGCAGAUGCCCCUGUGCGGGGGCGACUGCCCUUCCUGGCUCC